UCCACUUAUGUAAGUUAAUAUUUUAAUGUUUACUGUUAAAAUACAAUGUUAAAUGUGCUGGGCUUCUGUAUUUCUGUCACUCGAAAUAUCUACGGUAGUCAUGAAGAACGCACUACUUGAGAUUACGUCAGCGCCGUCCUUCUACACUGACCGUAUUUUAUCAAUGAGCGCCAUCUAGCGGUUACGUCAUAAUCGCAUCGUUAAUGUCUAUUGUUGCAUCAAUUAUUACAAUGACUAAUUGGACCUCUUAUUUGAGAUACAAUUUAAUAUUGCAUUCAUACUCAUAUUUCCACCGCUCGUGUUGCUUUUAUUGAUCGAUUAUAUAGCUUUUCUUUGUGUAUUAUAGUGUUGUAUUAUAGUGUUGUUUUAGUUUUAUUUUGUACAGAAAGUUUGUUGAACAGUUUUACUGGAGUACUGUUUACAACUUGGAGUAAAUAUGGACGACUCAAUGUCCAUCCAAAGAUCUUGGGUAGAGAGUUACCUUGAUGAGCAGAGAAAGUUCAUCAGAGAGUUCCUGACUCUCCAGGAACAAGGUGUACUUCACCCAUACCUCAGUGUCAAUCACAUGAGGAGAUGGAUCAUCUCUGAUACAAGGAAGGCCUUCCUGAAAAGAUUUCAAGAAAUGGCAGAAGGGACAGACAUCCACCUCAUUGAGCUGAUGUUGAAGGUAAAAGCUCACAAUACACUUCUUGAGAUCGAGCAGGGAGUUCGUAGAGAGCUGAGUGUUAUCCAAUGCCAACAUCACCAGUCUUCAGUAGAGGCAACCAUGGAGGGGCUGACCAACAAGCCCAAGCCACUGGUUCCUUCCCAUGAGCCUCUGGGGACUACAGCUGUGAUGAGUGGUGAUGUUGGAGGUGGUCUGUCACACAAACAGGCCCAACCUGAGGUCAGGUCAGAGGAGAUGCUCCAGGUGAAGCCCCUCUGCCAAACUGAGGUGGAGGUUCUGAGUAGCCUGGUGGACAAUGCAACUCAUGGAGAAGACCAGGAGAUGAAUGAUGAGGUCCUUGUGGCAAAACCAAUCACCACUGCCUUCUUAUCCACAGCAGUGGAUGUCAGAGAGGUCCAGGUGGGCCUGGUGGACAAGGAGAAGACGGUUGAGGUUCUGGACCAGAGCAUUUCUCCAAGGAUCCAAAAGGCCCUCAGAGACAUUGAGGCCAUGGUGAACUCCAGAAAGAAGACCAAGGUCGUGCCAAAGCAGCUUGUGGUACUUGGUUCCAACAUCAAGCACAUCGUCACUCAGGUGCUGUUUCACUUAUAUCAACCAGCCUUUCAGGAAGAAGUCUGUUUGGAGACAGCUGCUAUCGUGGACGACACCCAAGCUCUUCUGUGGUCUAUUCCCUGGGUUCAAGUCACAGAGGAGGAGGAGCUGUCUAACUCCCAGUGCAUUGAUACCUCUGAGGUCAUUAACACCCUGGAUAAGGUACUAGGCCCCAAACCACUGGUAGGAGCUCUGGGAAUAGGCUCACAGAUAUUGAGCAGGUACAUUGUUCAUCUUGUUGGCCUGUCCAUUGCUAAGACAGUACCUGACGUUUACGCUGCCAACGAAGAGGAGAGACAUAUUAGCCAGGAUAUGGUGAACAUCUGUCCUCUACCUGCUAAAUUUGUCAUCAGUGGAGAAUUAUUAGGUGACUUUGUGGUGAAGUUUAUGCUUCACCUUCACCCAAUGAACAGACUCGGCUCCAAGCAGCUCAGCCAACAGGCUCUCCUCUUACUGGUGGUUAAAAUGGCCUCAGUAGUAUUUAAUGUCUUGAGGAAGAUCCCGGGUGUUUCCGUGGAUGAACAGCUGUGUGCCCCCAUCUGCAACAUGAGACAGACGGUAUUCCACAUGCAGAAUGCCUUGGUCCAUAAGUUUGGCACAACAAUCCAAAUCAAGCAUAUGGUGGCUAAUAAGGAUCCGCUAGUCAUUUCCACAAUACCCCAGGCUAUAUGUGAGGGAAUCUUGACUGUAUACAAGGGCAUCUCUGUAACUCAUCCACUUCAAGUCACUGGCCCACAUCGUCCAAUAGCCAAGAGCUAUGAAAAGGCUAUGGAGACAAAGUUGUUUGCAGUAACUUUACCCGAGGCCCUGAAAAAGACCAUCUACCAUCAUUAUGGGUCCCGGGUCGGGAAACUGCCACUUUUUCAGAAAGCAUUUCCACCUCUGACUAGCCAUGACAAGUUUGAAUACAUCCGGCAUGUUACUCCGCCUCUCUCCUCCAAAAGAGACACAAUCUGGGUCCAUCCUAAAUACUUCUUUGGGGACGACGAUGAAGAGGAAGAGUCAUCAGAUAACACAGUGCCUCACAACCCACUGGCUCUAAAUGUCAGCAAGGCUGCUUUUUUAAACCAGUUUCCACUGACUGACAUAUUCCAGUCAAACACAACAGACUUCAUCGACCGUAAAACAACCCCUAGGUAUGUGCCAGUCAUGGUCAAUGUGCAAACAGGUGACUCUGUGGUGGCUAGUAGUAACCCAUUUGAUGUGGAAACACAACAGGAUGAAGCAUCAACUGGGCCUAAGCCUGACCCCAAACCAGUAAAACCCCAGAGAAAGAAUUCGGAGAAGAUCAAAUCAUACAUCAAAUCAGGACAGUAUUUGAAAGACAAACGUCUUUAUGAACAGGCCUUAUAUCGCUACAGUGGACAGGCUGUAAGAGACCAGGCUCUGAGAGAGGCAGAGAGAAACAAACCCAAGAUUAUUAUUGUUCCUCUGGUUCUAGUCUGGAACGUCUUUAAUUACGCAUUCUUGACCACGCGAUAUGUGCCGUAUGACAGUGGUCUUUGUAAUGAUAUGGUUGAUCACAUCCACAUCAAGAUUCAGAAGGAGGCACUUAAGUACAAGGACCACAGAGUGUUCAAAUCCACUCUGAAGAAUCUUGAAGAGGAUCCAUUGAUGAUGAGCACCUUUGUCUUAAACUGCUGUCAGUCAUUUGUAAUUAAAUACUGGAACAUCGUCCAGGACCAUAUACGAUCGAAAGAACAGCUGCACCCAGACAAACUGUCUCUGCUGGUCUGUGACCUCAUGGUGGGGGAGAUUAUGACUCAUCUGAGGCCUACCUUGACUUUCUCCAAAGACACUAAAGAUGGGGACAACCGGCCGUACUGCAUUAAUGUCCCGGUCAAAAGAGAUACCAGCUCUCCAGAUGAUGCAGACAAGACCAAGCUGGAGCUUCGCAUUGAGAAAGCUAGGGCUGACCAAAUGAAGGAACUUCUCGUCCCAUCGGAACCCAAAGACCACUCAUGGGCGGCUUGGAUGGAAAUGAUGGAGGAGUAUGAGCAGUUUCAUAAGAAGAAAUCCUGUUGGGACUGGUUCUGUGGACUGUUUGGCCGGAAGAAAAAGACCACGUUUGAAAAAAGAGUGGAAGAUUUUGAAAAAUACUGUCGCAGGAGCAAUUAGAGUCCAACACACAAACAAACCAAAUGAAUUGAUUCACACACAUUCGACUUCCUCUGACAUCAAACAUACAAACCAAAAUAAUGUAUAUACAGUACACAUAUUUACAGUUCAGCCUACCUCCAAACACACACAAACUAAAUGAAUUGAG